GAGCGAGGCGCGAGGCGGCCGGAAGGGCUCGGCCAUGGCGGCCGAGCAGGGCAGCGGCAUACAGGCGCUGGGCCCCGGAGGGCUGAUGUCGGCGGCCCAGGCCCUGGCCCUGCCGGCCGAAGCCUACGGCAACGACCCCAACAUCGAGAUGGUUUGGGCUAUGAAGGCAGUGCAGCAUGCUGAAGUCUACUACAAUCUCAUUUCUUCAGUUGACUGUCAGUUCCUGAAACUCACCAAAGUGGACGAUCGGAUCUAUUCCGAGUUCCGGGAGUGCUUCAAGGAACUCAGGGUGGAUGUGCUGGAUCCAGAGGAGCUCAAGUCGGAGCCAGCAAAAGAGAGGUGGAGGCCGUUUUGUCUAAAGUUCGACGGGGUCGUGGAAGACUUCAACUACGGCACCUUACUGCGGCUGGACUGCGCGCGGGACUACAGUGAAGAGAACACCAUCUUCGCCACCAGGAUUCAAUUUUUUGCCAUCGAGAUUGCCCGGAACCGGGAAGGUUACAACCGAGCCGUUUUCUCCGGCACCCAGAAGGAGACCGCCGAGAAGAGCGCCGGGUCUCCUGCAUGAGCGUGCCAGCAACUCCCACUCAUCUGGACUGGUGGGAACAUCGCCCCGGGAAGCCAAAAGGACCGGGACAGACUGCGCUUGCACCUUCCGCAGGCCUGGGGAGGGACAGAAAUAGCCUCCAUCUUUCCUGCCGUUAGGAACUGGAGUUCUCUGCCGAGGCGACCCGAGGGGGCCGGAGAACAGGUAUCUUUUCGGUCAAGCCGAGAGGGGCAAUUUAACAAAGUGGAAAUCGCGGACUGGUGAAAUUGUGACUUUGCUGGGCGGUGCCCACGCAGAGCAAAGUCGCUGUAAAUAAAACCCCGUUUUGGA